AAUUAACGUGGUCCAUGCUUCUGGUUCAAGCGUUAAGGUGGAAUGUGUUUGGGCAUGUGGGUCUCAGUACAUUCGUUGAAAUGGUUUAGAUUUUGGUGAUAAGAAGUAAAUUCUAUAUAGAUUUGCGUUUGUAAAAACAGUGGGAAAAUGUCUGUGUUUAUGGAUCUAAACAUAAUCAGCAGUAAUGAUAAAAACAGACUCAAAAGCAUCAUAGAGACAGCAGCUCACCUUGGCUACUCAACAGUUGCAAUAAACUAUGUGGUUGAACCACAACAGAAGAAACAGGAAAUUCCUAAGCCACAGAGUGUGUCAGACAUAUUUGAUAAAUUCCCAAUAGUACAGGGCAAAUCUUCUCCCAUCAAAGUACUGAAUCGAUUGACCAUCAUAGCCUCUGAUGCAUCUCAUUUUAGACCAACCAAUGAAUACAAAAGCUUCGACCUUGUGGCAGUGUACCCCAAGACAGAAAAACUCUUUCAUGCAGCCUGCAUGACUUUUGAUGUGGACAUUAUCUGCAUUGCAGUGGCUGAAAAACAGCCCUUCCAUUUUAAAAGGGCUCCAGUUAAUGGGGCUAUUGACAGGGGGGUUUUCUUUGAGACCUGUUAUGCGGCAGCCAUCAGAGACACCACUAUGAGGAGAUACACCAUUGCCAAUGCCAUCAGCCUCAUGGAAGUCUGUAAAGGAAAAAAUGUCAUAAUGUCCAGUGGAGCAGAAAGGCCUCUUGAAUUGAGGGGUCCGUAUGACAUUGCCAAUUUAGGGCUUGUGUUCAGCCUGUCUGAGGGAGAUGCCAAAGCUGCUGUUUCUACUAACUGUCGAGCUGUCUUGCUUCAUGGAGAGACGAGAGCCACUGCAUCUGGUGUUGUUUACACCAUGAAGAAACCAAAAACUCCCCAGAAGCAAGAAGAAGAAUCUCCAGUAUCUAAAAAGAAGUCAGAUGCCUUUGGGAACAUUUGAAGGAAUGGAAAUUAAACCUGGGGGAACUUGAUGUGCCGUCAUAGAGCCCCAGUCUAUCCAAGGGUGACUUACUGCUGACCACGGAGCCCAAGACACAGAACAACACUCCACAUCACACACAAAGAUGACAGGAAUAAUUUAUGAAGUGAUAUGAAGACUUAUAACAUCUUAAUCAGCUUCGACUGUCUCAUUUAUUAAGGAAGUUGUCUUUGUUUAUGAGGCUAUUUUCUUCUUAGGUUUCAUCACUUGCAUUACUUCUGUUACGAGAGCAGGUAAAAUUGUCGCACCCUGUGACUAUUUUUAAUUGAGCAGCCCAUGAAUCACUUACAGUAAUGAGUCACAUGAGUGGUUGUCUUGCAUGGCAGCUGCUAUUUUACUAGUUUUCCACAUGUCUAGGGCCUAUAAAACUAUGAAAUGAGGCAGUAAAGAUGUGAAGAAUUUAUCUAUUAAAAUUAAUAUUGGU